CAAGGGAUCUCUGGCUCUUGGAGCUCUUUUUCCCGGAAAUCGAAACGUAACAGCCGACGAAGAAGAAGAGACGACGACUCAGCGUGACAUCCUCCUUACGUCUUCCCAUACGCACUCACUUAUGCAUAAAUAAACCUUUUCGUCUGUCUCCUCCCCGAGACUUCGAUCAUAGCCUUGUUCGGUUUCUUGCUCCAAACGUUCUGGCGUCUCUCACCUUCACCGGGAUUUGCCUCGUGGAAUAUUGGGUCAGCUUCUCACUGUUGUACAUUCUCGGAGGCGGAGUAUAUUUUUCCCAAUAGACUCGUAUAUGCAGUUAUAGACAAACUAAUGCGCAACAGGUGAGUUUUGGUUCAGGCUUUGCAAUGUCUCGGCAUUUCAAGCGUACAAAAAUCUGCAACGAGGAGGGUUCUGGUACCCAGUCCAGCGGAGCUCAUGGAUCCGGUGGAAAUUUAGGUGACUUAGACCAUGAGAUUGCUCAGUUGACAAAGCGCAGAUCCGAGCCCAAUGAACAUUUGAGAAAGGCUAGGCUGGGGGGAUUGAAACUGCCUGUCUCUACCCUCAGAAUGUUGGCUGCUCGAGAGAGCAAUUAUUCAGGGAGGGGGAGGUUCUCAUUGUCUGAUAGCUGUCAUGUGUUGAGUAGAUGUUUGCCUAUAUAUGGCCCUCAAAAGGUGGAUACGAUGGGAUCCCGUGCAUAUGUUUCUCAGUUUUCUGCUGAUGGUUCGCUGUUUGUGGCAGCCUUCCAGGGGAGCCAUAUUAGGAUAUACAACGUGGAUAAGGGCUGGAAAGUUCAGAAGGACAUAAUGGCAAAAAGUUUGCAAUGGACAAUUACAGACACUUGUCUUUCUCCUGAUCAACGUUACCUCGUCUAUUCCAGUAUGUCACCCCUUGUCCACAUUGUCAGUAUUGAAUCUGCUGCAACAGAGUCGCUUGCGAAUGUCACGGAAAUACAUGAUGGCUUGGAUUUUGCUUCUAAUAACAAUGGUGACUAUGAAGAUUUUUCUAUCUUCUCCGUGAAGUUCUCGACCGAUGGGCGAGAGCUUGUUGCUGCAAGCAGUGAUGGGGCAAUAUAUGUUUAUGAUCUUCUAGCAAACAAGGUUGGCCUUCAAAUUCUCGCUCAUCAGGUUGAUGUUAACACCGUAUGCUUUGCGGAUGAAAGUGGCCACAUCAUAUAUUCUGGAAGUGAUGAUAAUUUCUGUAAGGUCUGGGACCGUCGUUGUCUUUCUACAGCAGGACAAGCAGCUGGAGUUUUGACAGGACAUCUAGAAGGCAUUACGUUUAUCGAUAGUCGUGGAGAUGGACGCUACCUCAUUUCAAAUGGAAAGGACCAGUCCACCAAAUUAUGGGAUAUACGAAAGAUGACUUCGAAUUGUCCAACAUUCCACAGGCGAAGAGACUAUGAUUGGGAUUACAGGUGGAUGGACUACCCAGAGGAAGAUAGAAACUUGAAACAUCCCUACGAUCAGUCACUGACUACAUAUAAAGGUCACUCAGUGUUGUAUACUCUGAUACGAUGUUACUUCUCCCCCGCCUAUAGCACUGGUCAGAAGUAUAUCUACACUGGAUCUGGUGACUGCAUAGUUUAUAUAUAUGAUCUGGUGAGUGGAAAGGAAGUUGCCAAACUCGACCAUCAUAACGAACCUGUAAGGGAUUGCAGUUGGCAUCCAUUUUAUCCGUUGCUGGUCACCUCUUCGUGGGAUGGCGUGAUUGCCAAGUGGGAAUUCCCAUGGGAAAACAACAUCACCGGGUAAACCAAGGCAGAGAAGGAGGAGGAGGGCAAUAUUUUACUAGAGUGGGUCGCGGCCUUAAAUGUCCUGGUCUUUUUAUAUCUUUUGCUCAAUGUUUAUAGUCAAAAUUAACAUAGAAAGAGCCUUUACCAAGGAAGAAAAAAAGGCGAGACAUAAACUUACCUUAUUGCAGUUUCCAGUAAAGAUACACAUUACAGAGGUUUCUUCUCAACUUCAUCCCUUUGCUGUAUAUAGAGAUCAGAACUAUUCUUGUCAUUGCUUCAGCAGCAGUGAGAUGAGUUUUCUUUUGUUAAUCGUCUGCUUCCUCCAGCCAAAUGUGGGAAAGUCUAGGGCAUCGAAUAGGGGCAGUUCUCCG